AUGCAGCACCAAGGUCCUUGCCUCCGCGUCCCGUCCCCAGUCCUUCCUGACCCUCCAUCAGAGAAACCGACCGCCAGUGGCGGCUGGCAUACCCCGGGCUCCAGGUUCAAUAUCACCUCCACUCCAGCUCGAAGCGAAAAGCAUACCUCUCGUCCUAUCGCUCUGUUCUUCGUCGUCUCGCCGCUCGCGUUUCCACUAGCCUACCGUCACAUUUCAGACCUGACAGUGUGGCACAGCUUCCUACUUGCCUCUCGUUCUCUGUUGACCCAUCAGGAUGCUUCCACCACCCAACCACUCAAGGAUUUGGCCAUGCGUUCUGAAUAUUUCCUGGUCUCCUAUCAAGCGUUUGCCAGAAGGGCACGCGGAGAAACGACAUUCGAGAUUGUGAAGACUUUCCGACCCUGUACGAAUCCCUGGCCAUCGCAAGGCCUGGGCUCUUCCGCGGACACGAGGGAUUCGCCAAUGCAAAUUGACCAAUACGAGGACUACGCAAGCGCAGUUCUCGUUUUGAAUUCGGACAAGUUGCAAAUCGGGUGGUGUGAGGGGUAG